GUCGAGCGCAAGGACCCGUCGCGCUUUUCUCGCCCUCAUCCUCGAUUGAUGUCCGCUGAAACGUCCAGUUAACGCUGCAGGAGUCCUUGGAAAAAUAACGCGCGAUGCACUUAUUAAUUAUAUCCAGCUUUCUCCAAGUAAUCACCUGUUUACCAGACCUGAUACCAAUCGGAGGUCUCUUCCAUCCUGCAGACGAUAAGCAGGAAAUAGCCUUCAGAUACGCCAUAGAGAAAAUAAACAACGACCGUUCGAUCCUGACGAGAUCCAAGCUCAGCGCGCAAAUCGAGAAAAUUCCUCCGCAGGAUAGCUUCCACGCUUCCAAGAAAGUAUGCCACCUGCUCAGGACCGGCAUCGCGGCCAUUUUCGGGCCCCAAUCGGCCCACACGGCCAGUCACGUCCAGUCCAUUUGCGAUACCAUGGAAAUUCCUCACCUGGAGACGCGCUGGGAUUACCGGCUGAGAAGGGAGAGUUGCCUGGUGAAUUUGUAUCCCCAUCCCACCACCCUUUCCAAGGCCUACGUUGAUCUGGUGAAGGCAUGGGGCUGGAAAUCCUUCACGAUCAUCUACGAGAACAACGAGGGGCUGGUGCGCCUCCAGGAAUUGCUCAAAGCCCACGGACCCUACGAAUUUCCCAUUACGGUUCGACAAUUGGGAGAAAGCUCGGACUACAGGCCGCUACUGAAGCAGAUAAAAAACUCGGCGGAAUCGCACAUCGUGCUCGAUUGCUCCACGGAGAGGAUCUACGAUGUCCUCAAACAAGCCCAGCAGAUCGGGAUGAUGAGCGAUUACCACAGCUAUCUUAUCACUUCUUUAGACUUGCACGGGGUCAACCUGGAGGAAUUCAAAUACGGCGGGACGAACAUAACGGCGUUUCGAUUGGUCGAUCCCGAAGGACAAGACGUAAGGAGAAUAGUGAGAGACUGGAAUACGGAAAUCGAAAUUAAGAACAGAAAGGGAGAGCCGGCUUCGAUGUACAAGCAGGACGUCCAGGACAACGCGACAUUCGUGAAGGCGGAGACGGCUUUGAUGUACGACGCCGUUCAUUUGUUCGCCAAGGCCUUGCACGAUCUCGACACCAGCCAGCAAAUUGACAUCAAACCGCUCAGUUGCGAUGCGGUGGACUUCUGGCCGCACGGCUACAGCCUCAUCAAUUACAUGAAAGUGGUGGAAAUGAAAGGCUUGACGGGCGUGAUCAAGUUCGAUCACCAGGGCUUCCGGACGGACUUCGUCUUGGACAUUAUCGAGUUGAGCAGGGAAGGUUUGAAGAAAAUCGGCGUGUGGAAUUCGACGGAAGGGGUCAACUUCACCAGGACCUACGGCGAGGCGUACACGCAAAUCGUGGAAAUCAUACAGAACAAGACCUUCGUGGUUACCACGCUGUUGAGUGCCCCCUACGUGAUGCUGAAGGAGACGAGCGAAAAAUUGUCGGGGAACGCUCAGUUCGAAGGCUACGCGGUGGAUCUGAUCCAUGAAAUAUCCAGGGUGUUGGGUUUCAACUACUCGAUCAAACUGGUGCCGGACGGCAGGCACGGUUCCCUCAACAGGGCGACCAAAGAAUGGGACGGAAUGAUUAGGGAAUUGUUGGACCAGAAGGCCGAUUUGGCCAUAGCUGAUUUGACUAUUACAUACGAUAGAGAGCAAGCCGUGGAUUUCACGAUGCCUUUCAUGAACCUGGGCAUAAGUAUAUUGUAUAGGAAACCCAUAAAGCAAUCGCCCAAUUUGUUUUCGUUUCUUUCACCACUAAGUUUAGACGUUUGGAUUUACAUGGCGACUGCUUAUCUAGGAGUUUCCGUACUAUUGUUCAUUUUAGCAAGGUUCAGCCCCUACGAGUGGGACGAUCCGCACUCAUGCCGCGGGGCGCCCCCGGCCGUGCUGGAGAACCAAUUCACGUUGCUGAAUUCGCUGUGGUUCACCGUGGGGACGCUGAUGCAGCAGGGCUCCGAUAUCGCCCCGAAGGCCGUAUCGACUAGAAUGGUGGCGGGAAUGUGGUGGUUCUUCACAUUGAUCAUGAUAUCUUCGUACACGGCGAAUUUGGCGGCGUUUCUCACGGUAGAAAGGAUGGAUUCUCCUAUCGAAACGGCUGAAGAUUUGGCCAAACAAACCAAGAUCAAAUACGGCGCUUUAAGAGGCGGAUCGACUGCGGCCUUUUUCAGAGACUCGAAUUUCUCGACGUACCAGAGGAUGUGGGCCUUCAUGGAGUCCCAACGGCCUCCGGUCUUCACAUCGAGCAAUCAAGAGGGCGUAGAACAAGUAGUGAAGGGUAAAGGUAGCUACGCUUUUCUCAUGGAAUCCACUUCGAUCGAGUACGUGAUAGAGAGGAACUGCCAAUUGCAGCAGGUAGGGAGCUUGUUGGAUUCGAAAGGGUACGGAAUAGCCACGCCGCCUAAUUCUCCGUUUAGAACGCCCAUCAGCGGGGCUAUAUUGAAGCUGCAGGAGGAAGGGAAGUUGCAUAUACUGAAGACGCGCUGGUGGAAGGAGAAACGAGGCGGCGGAAAGUGCAGGGACGAGACGACGAAAACGAGCAGCACGGCGAACGAAUUGGGCCUAGCGAACGUCGGAGGGGUGUUUGUGGUUCUAAUGGGGGGCAUGGGGGUGGCCUGCGUCAUAGCGGUUUGCGAGUUCGUGUGGAAGUCGAGGAAAGUGGCCGUAGAAGAACGGGUCAGCAGCAUCUUGCACGAUACAUAAUAUACAACUUCGAACGGCUACUUGUAAAGUAGGGAGAGUUAUCAAUCAAAUGGGGAAUCCUGAAAUAUUUAGCCGGAAUAAAUUCUUGCGUAACUUAAAAUUCAUUGGCAUGGUAGUAGGUGAUCUAAUUUUUGUAUAUAUUCAUUCAAAAUAUCGUUAAUUGUAAGAUAUAUAUGUAAUGUAAUGAUUUGAAUCUUCUGUCCCAUCGAUUUUACCAUUAUCAUGUGACAUAUUAUAUAAGAAAUAACGAAGAGUAAGGGUUUUUCGAUUUUAAAGUAUAAAUAACAAUAAAUAAGCUCUCACUGUGCAUUUUUU